AUGCAUGCUGUCAAGGCCACGGUUGACAGCCACGACCACUACAACGACUACGGCGUGCUCCGGCCGGGCGUCCAGCUGUGGUACGGCGGCAGUGUCGGUUACGGUGCAUCGGGACCCCAAGCAGCGAUUCAGUGGGAGCGCAACUCGACCGACGAAGUAAUUUAUCGUUGA